UCAUCUCUAAUCAGUGACUUUUGCCGUGUUAAACAAAUUUUUUUUAAUUUUAAUAAAACAAUUUGUUAGAUACACUUGAAAAGCCAUGUCUAUUGAGAUAGAGUCAGCCGACGUGAUCCGGCUCAUACAGCAAUAUCUAAAGGAGUCCAAUCUAAUGAAGACGCUGCAAACCCUGCAAGAAGAAACUGGCGUCUCAUUGAAUACAGUUGACAGUGUGGAUGGAUUUGUGCAGGAUAUUUCCAAUGGCCACUGGGACACGGUGCUCAAGGUAACGCAAUCGCUGAAACUCCCUGAUAAGAAACUACUUAAUCUUUAUGAGCAAAUCGUUUUGGAGCUUAUUGAGCUGCGAGAGCUGGGAGCUGCGCGGUCCUUACUCCGGCAAACAGAUCCCAUGGGCAUGUUGAAGCAACAAGAACCAGAAAGAUAUAUCCACCUGGAGAACAUGCUACAGCGCGCCUACUUUGAUCCAAGAGAGGCGUACGCGGAGGGCAGCAGUAAAGAGAAACGUCGGACGACUAUCGCCCAGGAAUUAAGUGGCGAAGUACAUGUGGUGCCGUCAUCUAGGCUGCUCGCUUUACUCGGUCAAGCUCUGAAAUGGCAGCAACAUCAGGGUCUCUUGCCACCAGGCACCACGAUAGAUUUGUUCCGCGGUAAAGCCGCCAUGAAAGACCAGGAAGAGGAAAUGUACCCAACUCAAUUGUUUCGUCAAAUCAAAUUCGGCCAAAAAUCUCAUGUGGAGUGUGCGCAGUUCUCGCCAGAUGGACAAUAUCUUAUCACAGGCAGUGUAGAUGGUUUCUUAGAGGUCUGGAAUUUUACCACUGGCAAAGUGAGGAAGGAUUUGAAGUAUCAGGCUCAGGACCAGUUUAUGAUGAUGGAGCAAGCGGUGUUGGCAUUAAAUUUCUCAAGAGAUUCUGAAAUGGUUGCCUCUGGCGCCCAAGAUGGUCAAAUCAAGGUGUGGCGCAUAAUUACUGGUCAGUGUCUCCGUAAGUUCGAGAAAGCACACACAAAAGGUAUUACCUGUCUUCAAUUCUCCCGCGACAACAGCCAGGUGCUGAGUGCCUCCUUCGACUACACGGUCCGUUUGCAUGGUCUUAAAUCUGGGAAGAUGCUCAAGGAGUUUAAGGGUCAUUCGUCUUUUGUGAACGAAGCUACUUUUACCCCAGACGGCCAUAGUGUACUUAGUGCCUCAUCGGAUGGGACUGUCAAAGUGUGGUCUCUGAAGACAACUGAAUGUGUGGCUACCUAUAAACCGCUUGGCAACGAACUGGCCGUCAACACAGUCCUGAUUCUUCCAAAGAAUCCCGAGCAUUUUAUAGUUUGCAAUAGAUCCAACACAGUGGUUAUUAUGAACAUGCAGGGACAGAUUGUGCGCUCAUUUUCGUCAGGUAAACGAGAGGGCGGCUCCUUUAUCUCAGCCACUCUUUCGCCGCGUGGUGAAUUUAUAUACUGUGCAGGCGAGGAUCAGGUUCUUUACUGUUUCUCUGUCUCCUCUGGCAAACUGGAGCGUACCUUGAACGUUCAUGAAAAGGACGUUAUUGGAUUGACUCAUCAUCCGCAUCAGAAUUUGUUGGCCUCCUACAGUGAAGAUGGUCUACUUAAACUGUGGAAGCCAUAGAACUGCUAAGGCUAUUAAAACAAAAAAAAAAAAAUCAAUUUGCAUACUAAGUUUUAAUUAGUAGGCUUAGUUAGUUUUUCUUAGAAUUUACAAAAAACAAAUACACGAGUUUUAUUUAUAUGCUAA